CGCCCGGGGCCCCCGGCCCGAGCCUAACAAUGCCGCCCUCGUGUCUGCGCUCUCGGUGUGCCGCGCUCCCGGCCCCCGCGCGCCUGCACCUAAAGAAGUAAACAGGUCAUGGCACGUUUAACAAAAAGACGACAGGCGGAUACAAAAGCUAUCCAGCAUCUUUGGGCAGCCAUUGAGAUUAUAAGGAAUCAGAAGCAAAUUGCCAACAUUGACCGUAUUACAAAGUAUAUGUCUCGAGUCCACGGUAUGCAUCCAAAAGAGACGACCCGUCAGCUGAGCUUGGCUGUAAAAGACGGCCUUAUUGUGGAGACGCUGACAGUGGGCUGCAAAGGGUCGAAAGCUGGCAUUGAGCAGGAAGGGUACUGGUUGCCAGGAGAUGAAAUCGCCUACAGUAUGCAGCCUUUCUUCAGGACAGCAACCCCAGACAAGGACUGGGAAACAGAGACUCAUGACUGGUAUUGUUUUGAAUGCCAUUUGCCUGGAGAGGUGUUGAUAUGUGACCUGUGUUUUCGUGUGUAUCAUUCCAAGUGUUUGUCUGAUGAGUUCAGGCUUAGAGACAGCAGUACUCACUGGCAGUGCCCAGUUUGCAGGAGCAUUAAAAAGAAGAAUACAAACAAACAGGAGAUGGGCACAUACCUGAGAUUCAUUGUCUCCCGCAUGAAGGAGAGGGCCAUAGAUCUUAAUAAAAAGGGGAAGGACAACAAGCAUCCAAUGUACCGGAGGCUGGUGCACUCUGCCGUGGACGUCCCCACCAUACAAGAGAAAGUAAAUGAGGGGAAAUACCGAAGUUAUGAAGAGUUUAAAGCGGAUGCCCAGCUGCUUCUCCACAAUACAGUCAUUUUCUAUGGAGCAGACAGUGAGCAAGCCGACAUCGCAAGGAUGCUGUACAAAGACACAUGUCAUGAGCUGGAUGAACUACAGCUUUGCAAGAACUGUUUCUAUUUGUCCAACGCUCGUCCUGACAACUGGUUCUGCUAUCCUUGUAUACCUAAUCAUGAGCUGGUUUGGGCUAAAAUGAAAGGUUUUGGUUUUUGGCCAGCCAAAGUCAUGCAGAAAGAGGACAAUCAAGUGGACGUCCGCUUCUUCGGUCAUCACCACCAGAGGGCCUGGAUUCCCUCUGAAAACAUCCAGGACAUCACCGUCAACGUCCACCGGCUGCACGUGAAGCGCAGCAUGGGCUGGAAAAAGGCCUGUGAUGAGCUGGAGCUGCAUCAGCGCUUCCUUCGUGAAGGAAGAUUCUGGAAGUCUAAGAACGAGGACCGAGGGGAGGAGGAGGCAGAAUCCAGCAUCUCCUCUACCAGUAACGAGCAGCUGAAGGUCACUCAAGAACCAAGAGCAAAGAAAGGACGACGCAAUCAAAGUGUAGAGCCCAAAAAGGAGGAGCCAGAGCCGGAAACGGAAGCGGUGAGUUCCAGCCAGGAAAUCCCCACGAUGCCUCAGCCGAUCGAGAAAGUGUCCGUGUCCACUCAGACCAAGAAGCUAAGUGCCUCCUCCCCACGGAUGCUGCACCGUGGCACGCAGACCACCGGCGAUGGGGCCUGCCAGAGUGUGUGCCAUGACAAGUACACCAAAAUCUUCAAUGACUUCAAAGACCGGAUGAAGUCGGACCACAAGCGGGAGACAGAGAGAGUUGUCCGUGAAGCUCUGGAAAAGCUGCGAUCUGAAAUGGAGGAAGAGAAGAGACAAGCCGUAAAUAAGGCGGUCGCCAACAUGCAGGGUGAGAUGGACAGGAAGUGUAAGCAAGUAAAGGAAAAAUGCAAAGAAGAGUUUGUAGAAGAGAUCAAGAAGCUAGCGACACAGCACAAGCAACUCAUUUCCCAGACCAAGAAGAAGCAGUGGUGCUACAACUGCGAGGAGGAGGCCAUGUACCACUGCUGCUGGAACACGUCGUACUGCUCCAUCAAGUGCCAGCAGGAGCACUGGCACGCGGAGCACAAGCGCACCUGCCGCCGGAAAAGAUGAAGCCCCGGCCGGCCGCCCUCGCCCGCGCUCCUCAGACACCGCGGUUUUUGUUUCCAAGAAGCCAAAUUGUUCCGAGUUCGCUUCCCAUUUGCACCAGCCUUUAAACACUUUUCGUGAAGAAAUUUUGCACAGUAGUUUAAAAAUCUUUCGUUAAUGCUCCUCCGGAGUUUUCAGGGGGUGAAAGUAACAUCAGUGGAGGGUCUUAUUUUAAAUAAAUUUUAAUUGAGAAUUUGUUGCAUUUUCAGCAAAUUUGGAAACAUUUUUAGGUUUUACAGAGAUUUUAACCUUUAGACAACAGAUCUUUAAAACCAGGUGAACACAAGCGAGUUGAACCAAGACACGUUUAGCGUGGACCUGAACAUGAGAACUCAGAACUGUUUCAGAAAUCAAACAUACUACCUGAUGUGACACUUCUCUUGCCCUGGUGGAGCUGGUCCUGUGCAGCCCCUGCUGCCGCGGCGUGUCUGCUGGCCGUGCCAGCGGGGGGUGACCGAAUUUAGGGAACAGGGUGGACACCGCAGGGCUCGGCCUGCGUAUGUUUUCUUAAAUAUUUCCCAAUUGUGUUUCUUUUCAUUAUUUCUUUUCAAUAUAUAACUUUUAUAACAAAUUACUAGCUUUGAUCUUGUAGUUUAAAAGUUGCAGGGAACUGGGGGUAAUCUUUUACUGAGCUGGAUCUUAGAGAAAAAAAAUGAAUAUUUAAAAGAAUUUUAAAGUUUGCACAUUUCAUCCUUUGUCCUAACAUGAGUGCUUGUAACAAGAUAAAUAGCAAAGCGAAAAAAGAAAAAGCCAAAAACUACCUGUACCCAUAUGUGGAAUUCUUAAGAUGAGGCAUACAAAUUUCUUCAACGCUUCCCACCCCUCCCGAUCGCCAUCCUAACUGUCUAGUGCCCGGCGUGGCUGGUGCAGGAGCCGCCUGCCCUGGAAGGAGAGCGAGCCCUGAGCCCGGGCCGGCUUGCCCACCGGGACCCCGCCGCGCACCGGAGGAAGAGUGCAUGUCCGUUUCCUCGUAUUACAGAUGACGUGAUUUGUAAAAAGUCUGUAUUUUGCGGAAUGUCUGAUUAAGAAGCAUUACCAAUAGGAAUGGAUCGAUAGUUGAAUAAGGACUUUUUUUUAUAUAUAUAUACAAAUAGAGAUAUAAAGUACAGCCAGGAAACACCUAAAUUGCUUUUCUUUAAACAUAUUUCCCAAGCUAUGUGUGGUUUUUCUCCCCAAGACUGAACUUAGACCAAGUCAAAUUCUCACUUACCAUUUAGUUACUUUUUUUUUGUUUUUGUUUUUGAGAUUAGAGGAAUAAUUUGUAAAUAUUUAUUUAGACCUUUGAUAUUUAUUAAAGCAGUGAACUCACAGUGCAAGUGAAUGGAUCGGGAGAAAAGCCUUUUAAAAAAGUUUUCUCCAGUUUGUCAGGUCACUCUAAAGACGAAAGCGUAGUCAGCCUUCUAGGACAUCUCAUCAUUGGUCCCUGUACUGUUGCCGAUGGCGACACGAAUUCCCCAAUCGACCGGCUGUGCCAGCUGGUGCCCGGCCUGCACUGCACGGGCCUGGCUGCCAGGCUCCGUGCUCCCGGCUCCCGCCCCUCCUCCUCGCUGAGGAACUCGGCAGCAAGGCCGAGCAACCAAGAACACCUGGCCACCUUUGGUUGAUUUUCAAGUUUUAAAACUUCGAUCCACCCCUAUGAGAGCAAGUUAUUGUGGAACUAUUUUUGGUGUAAAAUCAUUCCAGAGUAUGUAAUAUUUACCUGAUAGCUGCAUGAACGUGAGAUUCGUGUUCCUUUGGCUUUUUUUUUUUUUUUUUGUCUCUGUUGACGGGGUUGCACAUUUCCAAGUUACUACAGCGUGAAACUGUGUGUUUAAAAAAAAAUUUAAAAAAAAGAUUGUGGCCUGGUUUUGUAAAAGUUUUAGGUAAAAA